AUCUAGACUCAGAGGGUAACAGCAUCUUGCUGAAAGCUGUGCUUCUUUCUCAUCUUGAAGAAUAAUUCUAGAAAGCUCACAAAAUGUGUGAUGCAUUCGUAGGUACCUGGAAACUUGUCUCCAGUGAAAACUUUGAUGAUUACAUGAAAGAAGUGGGUGUGGGCUUUGCUACCAGGAAAGUGGCUGGCAUGGCCAAGCCCACUUUGAUCAUCAGUGUAAAUGGGGAUGUGGUCACCAUUAAGUCAGAAAGCACCUUUAAAAAUACUGAGAUUUCCUUCAAAUUGGGCCAGGAAUUUGAUGAAGUCACUCCAGAUGACAGGAAAGUCAAGAGCACCAUAAACUUAGAUGGAGGUGCCCUGGUACAGGUGCAAAACUGGGAUGGAAAAUCAACCACCAUAAAGAGAAAACUUGUGGAUGAUAAGCUGGUGCUGGAAUGUGUCAUGAAUGGUGUCACUGCUACCAGAGUUUAUGAGAGAGCAUAAGCCAAGGGAUAUUGAAAUGGAUGAAGUUUGCAUCGAACUCCAUGACUUUCUGUUGGAUGCGUUGUCCAAACAUAUAUUGUUAUUUUCCACUGAUAAGCAAGAAACUGAUUUUCUCCCAGACUGAUUUUGAUAUGGUUGGUUAAAUAAAACUUUUUAGAUUUA